GCCCCGCCGCGCCGCCCUCUCCCCGCCGCACCGCACCAUGCUGCUCGCCCGGGCCCUGCGCGCCGCCGCGGCCCUGCGCCCGGCGCCCCGCCGCCUCCUCUCCUCCUCCUCCUCCUCCUCCUUCCCCCGCGCUUUCCUGCCGCCGCCCGGCGCCGCACCGACCCAGGCCCGCUCCCUCUGGCAGCUGGGCGGCGGCGGCUGGCGGUCGGCGCUGCUCCGCCCGCGGCGGGGCUCGGCCGGCGGCGUGUCCUGCGGCUGCGGCGGCCUCCACACGGAGGGCGACAAGGCGUUCGCGCAGUUCCUGACAGACGAGAUCAAGGAGGAGAAGAAGAUCCAGAAGCACAAAUCUCUGCCCAAGGUCUCCGGUGGGUGGGAGCUGGAGGUGCACGGCACCGAGGCCCGGCUGGUGCGGAAGAUCGCCGGGGAGAAGAUAACGGUUACGUUCAACAUUAAUAACAGCAUUCCACCCUCGGCUGAGGAAGAAACACAAGAAGAGCAGAAACCUGAUGAGCAGGAGCCUGAACUCACAUCAACUCCAAACUUCGUUGUGGAAGUCAUCAAAGAUGACACAAAACAGACCCUUGUUCUCGACUGCCAUUACCCUGAGGAUGAGGUUGGAGAUGAGGGAGAGGAAGAAAGUGAUAUUUUCACAAUUCGGGAGGUCAGUUUUCAGCCCACUGGAGAAUCAGACUGGAAAGACACCAACUACACCCUCAAUACAGAUUCCCUUGACUGGGCUCUGUAUGAUCACUUAAUGGAUUUCCUGGCUGAUCGAGGAGUGGACAACACGUUUGCUGAUGAAUUAAUAGAGCUCAGCACCGCACUGGAGCACCAGGAGUACAUUAAAUUCCUUGAAGACCUGAAAAGCUUUGUCAAAUGUCAAUAGGUCAGGCUGGGAAACUUCUCUUCAAGUGUGGGUAUUCCACAGCACUGCUCCAGUCAGCAAUACCCAAAUAUAUCUUUACAACAGAUAUGGAGAGUAAGUAACUUUGAAUUUGGAAAUGAGCAUCAUGUGAGGAUUCUCUCUUGUAUUUGGGAAUUUGUAUUUAUGUUGCAGCCCAGAUCACGUUCUCUAACAUUAUGGCCCGCAAUUGCCACACCCUACUUGGUGGGUUUUGUACAAUUAAGAAUGAAUGUGAAGAAUAAAAUCUGUUCAACAUA